AUGCCAUGGGGAGUGUGGGGCUGGUGUCAGUGUCGCUGCCAAGCAGUCAGGGGCUACGCGCUCCCUGUGUGGCUCCGCUUUGAUGCCGUGGAGAGGGCAUGGCGUCCAGUUCACACCGGAGUCGUCCUGGUAGCUGUCAAAUGCCCUUUUGCUCUGGUCGUGAAAUUUGAUAGUGGGGUAUUACUACUUAGCACACACAGACUAAUCUGGAGGGAUCAGAAGAAUCACGAGUGCUGCAUUGCUGUACCUCUGUCUCAGAUUGUUUUUAUUGAAGAGCAAGCAGCUGGGAUAGGAAAAAGUGCCAAAAUAGUAGUACAUCUUCAUCCGGCUUCUUCAAACAAAGAGCCUGGUCCAUUCCAAAGCAGCAAAUAUUCCUACAUCAAACUUUCUUUCAGAGAACAUGGGCAGAUCGAGUUCUACAGACGGUUAUCAGAAGAAAUCACCCAAAGGAGGUGGGAGAGCAUGCCUACUGGUCAGACCAUUCAGGUUAACAAGGAUCCACAGGCAGGAAGAAUAAGGGCUGUAGGAAUUGUAGGGAUCGAAAGGAAAUUAGAGGAAAAAAGAAAAGAGACUGACAAAAACAUUUCCGAGGCUUUUGAGGAUCUUAGCAAGCUGAUGGAGAAGGCUAAGGAAAUGGUGGAGUUAUCCAAGUCAAUAGCUAAUAAGAUUAAAGAAAAACAAGGUGACAUCACUGAGGAUGAGACUAUCAGGUUCAAGUCCUACCUCCUGAGUAUGGGUAUAGCUAAUCCAGUGACUAGGGAAACAUACGGAUCUGGCACACAUUACCACAUGCAGCUGGCGAAGCAACUGGCUGGAAUACUGCAGAACCCAUUAGAGGAGCGAGGAGGGAUCAUGUCACUUACAGAAGUGUACUGUCUGGUAAAUCGUGCACGAGGAUUAGAGUUGCUGUCACCAGAAGAUUUAGUAAAUGCUUGUAAGAUGCUGGAGUCACUGAAAUUACCACUAAGGCUUCGGAUAUUUGACAGUGGUGUGAUGGUGAUUGAACUCCAGUCUCAUAAUGAAGAGGAAAUGGUAGCUUCUGCUUUAGAGACAGUAUCUGAAAAGGGUUCUCUCACAGCUGACGAGUUUGCUAAGCUGGUGGGGAUGUCUGUUCUCUUAGCCAAAGAAAGGUUGCUUCUUGCUGAAAAGAUGGGGCAUCUUUGCAGAGAUGAUUCAGUGGAAGGCUUGAGAUUCUACCCAAAUUUAUUUCUGACACAAAGCUAAUGUAGUUUGCAUACAGUUUGUUAAGUAACAGUUGAACGAAAGAGCAGAGGGCAGAACUCUUCCAACAACUGACUUUAUAAUUUUGAUUUUGUUAGUAACUGCAGCAGUGAUGAACAUUGCAAUGCUUCACAGUUCUCAGGUAUUUCAAGUGCUGAAUCCGCUUACGUGGAACUGAAAGGAAAUAGGAAUCACUGAGUCGGAAGC